AUGGACCCUCCCGUUGGACCUCUCGUAGCCUCCGCCGACCCGGCAACGGCUCCGUCCCAUACCCCGCUUCACGGCCGAUACACCUCCGUGGUCCCGUUGCAACCAUCGCAUGCGCAGGCUAUCUUCAAGCACCUCGGCCGAGAAGAAAACGCUUGGCGCUGGACAUACCUCUUCAAUGAGCCUUUCCUCGAGAUCGAAGAAUGUGAGGCAGCUUUCGAGGAGUGGAGCGUCUCCCAAGACCCGUUGUACUUCACUGUAUUAUCCGGCCCAGCAUCGGAUCCAUCAUCCGAGCCAGUGGGUGUAAUGGCAUAUCUCUCCAUCGUUCCGGCUCAUAGACGUAUCGAGAUUGGAUGCAUAAUUUUCAGUGAGCAUCUGAAGCAAACGCGUGCCGCCACUGAGGCCCAGUACCUUCUCAUGAAGAAUGCUUUCGAGGGCCUGGGCAACUACAGACUCGAAUGGAAGGCCAAUCAUUUGAACAAGCCGAGUCUCGCAGCUGCUGCGCGGUUAGGAUAUACUUAUGAAGGCAUUUUCAGAAAGCACAUGGUCGCCAAGGGAAGACGUAGAGAUACAGCUUGGUUCAGCAUCACAGAUGAUGAGUGGCCAGUGGUCAAAACCGGCCUGGAAACGUGGUUGAGCGAAGAAAACUUUGACGAGAAUGGUAAACAGCGCAAAGGUCUGAAGCAGUGCCGAGAAGCAGUGAAGAUAUAA